CUUUGACUUCUGUGUUCUUCAUAUAACAAACACAGAUUAUAAAGGUAUACAUAUAAAUAUAUGAUUGUGUUGUUUAUAUUCUAUGAUCGUAUUAGUGCUUUUAAUUGAUAUCGCUAUUAGCGAGUCGCUAGAUUUAAAUUUGAAUUAAAUAUUGCAUUAGAUUAGGCUUUUAUAACAUAAAUAACUAAAAAAUGCCAAGAAAAUGUUGCAUUCCCAAUUGCAAUAGCAAUUAUGCUUCGGCAAAAAAUUCAACAGAAAAAGUGUACGUGCCAGUGUUUCAAUUUCCAAAAGACAAAGAGUUAUGCGAAAAAUGGAAAAAGUUAAUUCCUCGGAAAAAUUUUAUCCCCACGGAAUAUUCUGCAGUGUGUAUUAAACACUUUGAACCUGCCUGCAUUCCAACUGGUUAUGUUUAUAAAGAUAAGUCGGAAAAUACGAAAAUCUUCAAUUACGAUCGCCCAAAACUGAAACCAGGUUCUUGUCCUACUAUAUUUUCAGGUCAGCCGAAAAAGUUAAACAAAGUAACUGCUCCAAACCGAAAAAGCCCUGAUAGUCGUCGAUCGGAAAUUUUAGCACGAAAAGAACAAUUAAAUAAACAAAUUGAAUUGACCAAAAUAGAAGCUGAUACUAUUAAGGACUAUGAGUCAUUUAAAACUGCGGUUUCGGAAAAAGUUCAGAAUUUCAAUAAUUCUAGAAAGACAGAUUUACAAGUGCAAAUUAAACAGGACUUUAUACUUAUUUAUUUCUUUGACUUUGACACAAUGAGGUGUAAAUUUUAUAUAAAAACUGAUGUAGACUUAACACCUAAAAUUUAUGUUAAUAAUAUUCAACUCUGUAUUAAUGAAAUACAGUUAAUCUUACUGGACAGUAACAAAGUUAAUAUGUGGUCAAAGCUAGAGAAGAUUUUGGACCAUCUAUUAAACAAAGAUUUUAUGGUUAGUGUGGAAUCUCUUGUAGAAGAUAUAAUGGAGAAAAUUGAGACAAUUAAAAAUAAAGUAAUGUUAGAGGAUAACAGUGAGGAAAAAAUUAUUCGAAUAUCUAUUUUAUGUGAACAACUUGCUCUAAUUUUUAAAGAACAAAAGCGCUAUAGUCCCAGAAUGAUGAUGAACUCUUAUUUGAUUUAUAUGCAAUCGAAAAAAUGUUAUGAAGCUUUAAGAUCUAACAACAUUCUCACAUUACCUCAUCCAAAAUAUAUUCAACAGCUUACAGCUUCUUUGAAUGUUUCUCCUGGGAGUUCCUUAGAAAACCAUCACAUGAAAUUAAUUGGAAGCAAGUUAAAAGAGGAGUUUGAUUCAUCAAGUAAUUAAAGAUACUUGCAUAUGAAGGGGUAAGAAGCAAAAAAAAGAAAUGGAGUUAUUAACUAAAGAUUUGCUAUAUACCUACAAAAAUCUGGAUACUUGUUUUUUAAUAACAGUUCUGUUUUAUUUUAAGAGCAUACACAAAAACAUAUUCUUAAUUUAAAUCAAAUAUACCUAUGUGUACUUG